AUGGAUCAGUACUUCGACACAAACUUCAGAGAUGAUUUUCUUUUCUUUUCCAGCCUUUUUCCCGAUCAAAGUCUCUCGAAACCGGAGUUGAAAAACGGGUUUUCCUUAGAAAACUCUAAUUCCAGCUCCAAGGACUUGUCUGAUAAUCUUCACCAUAUUGAUAACAGCUUUCCCCUUAUAAGUACUGGGUCUGAUUUGAAUCCUCACCUGCAUGUUGAUGAUGAUCAUUUCAACGUUGAGGGGUUUAUCACGGACCCCAAUCCUGGGAUUCAAGCUCCGUGUCCGGAUCAAUAUCCGGCGUGUGAAGCUUAUGAAAGUCAUGAUGAGUUUCUGAAGGAUUUUAAUGCUAAUUAUGCGUCUGGUAGUACUCUAUUUGCAUCGGAUAGUAAAAAUGGAAACAUGCAUGGCUUUGAAACCUCGUCUUUAGGCCUUUUGGAUAAUAUUCCUCAUCAAAAUUUUGUUCAGCCUAUAGCCCAAACUCAGAUAUAUCUGCCGCUGAAGAUUAUUCAACAACCUGCAUCAGCAGAUGGUAAUUUUGCUGAUGAUAUCUCAUGCAUAACAGCGGAAAAUGGAUAUUAUAAUUAUCGGCAAAUAUUAGCGGAUCAGAACAUCAAGAGGAAGAGAGUACUGCACAUCAGAAAGACAAGCAGAGUUCCAAGAAGACCCACCAUAAUCAAAGGCCAGUGGACUCCUCAAGAAGACAGGCUGUUGGAGCAAUUGGUCCACCGGUUUGGAAUAAAGAAAUGGUCUCAAAUCGCAAGGAUGCUGAAUGGAAGAGUGGGAAAGCAGUGUAGGGAGAGAUGGCACAACCAUUUGCGGCCAGACAUUAGGAAAGAUGCAUGGAGCGAGGAAGAAGAUAAGAUACUGAUUGAAGCCCACAAACAACUAGGAAACAAAUGGGCUGAAAUUGCGAGGAGGUUGCCGGGAAGGACUGAGAACACUAUCAAGAAUCAUUGGAAUGCAACAAAAAGAAGGCAACACUCGAAGAAGAAAAGUAAGAAACCAAGUCCCAACGCGGGCUCCCUCCUGCAAAGCUACAUAAAGAGCUUGCAGAGUACUUCAACUUCAUCAAGAAUGGACGAGAUCAACAUCAAUUCGCUCUCAGAAGCACCGGACAUAAAAAUGGUCAACAUGAUGAGCACCACUAAACAGUACCAAAUUCAGCACGGGAGCUGGGAUCUCAAUUCUGCCAAUUGGGCUGUCCCAAUUUAUCAUGAUAAAAAAGAUGCCAUCGGUUUGUCUUUGGACAAGCAUGUGGUUCCUGAAAAUAAUGGCUUUAUGUCGAUGGUUGGAGAGAUGCCAUGCUGCUCUAGAUCUGUGGUGGAUGCGGAGAGCAAUAUCAAUAUGGAGUUUGAGAUGCCAGUGGAGAUGGACAGUACUAGUCUUAUGCAGGUUGAGUUGAAGAAGGAGAUGGAUUUGCUGGAGAUGAUUUGUGAUUACCGCAAUCUUUGAGCUAGCUAGCUGAUGAUCAUCUGCGGAAUUCUUGGUGAGAUUCUCUAGCAAUCAAGUUGAAGAAGCACGCAUAUUCAAAGUUGGAGUUCUUGACUUCUUCACCCAUCCAUCCAGAUAGCUUUUCAAAGUCAUGCGCCCGGUAAUUAAGUAGCUUUUAUUAGGGGGCUAAUAAAUGUCGUUGUUUUCAGGUGUACUUUUUGAUCUUUUUCAUGUAAGAGUUAUACUUAAUUUGCAUAAAAUGGUACUUGUAUUUGUCAGUGUCAGAGUACAAGUUUCCCCAAUUAUACAUUGGAGAAUAAACUUAAUUUCUACCAG